UACGAUUAGACAGGCAAAAACACUUCGUACUUGUUAAGCGCUGUCGUGGACAACUUACAAAGCAAAACGCCCUGGAGCUUUAUCCUAAAUUGGUGGUCUCCCUUUAUCCAUAUAUCAAAAUUCUCCUCAAAUGCUGUAUCUCCAUAUCUAUUGCCAUGUCUGCACAACAAUAGUCCCCUGUAGAUAAUUUUAUAAAAUCAAAUAAAAAUGGCUUCGCAUUCCUAUGCAUUUUCCAGCGUUGCCCGUGUGCACAAUGUGGCUGCACAGGCCAGCAGGCGUCAACUCUUUUCUCGCUGCUCAUCAGGUUUGACAUCAUUUUCAGUUUCCACGUUGUGUUCAAGCAUGACUUCUACAUAUUGUGGCCGAAGUUUGCAAUUACAACCUUUUUUGUGGGUUUCUAGACGAGUUUCUCGAAAAUUGAAACCUUUGAUGAUGAUGUCAAAGCCAUCAAUUCAGUUCAUUCGAGGAACAGAUGAACAAACAAUUCCAGACGUCAAAUUGACCAAGUCAAGAGAUGGCUCAAAUGGUGUGGCAACAUUUAUAUUUGAUCAACCAUCUGUUUUUGAUCAAUCUGGAGAAAUUGGAGAUAUUACAGGCCUUUAUAUGAUUGAUGAGGAAGGAGUGCUUCAGUCAGUUGAUGUGAGCGCAAAGUUUAUUAAUGGAAAGCCGGCAAGGAUUGAAGCAAGAUAUAUCAUGAGGAAUUCGCGAGAUUGGGACAGAUUCAUGCGAUUUAUGGAGCGUUACUCCAAUGAGAAUGGUCUUCAGUUCAUCAAGAAAUAAGAGCAUAUGCUAUUUUACAGUUUCCGGUUUUGAAAUUCCAUUAACAAGCAUUCUUCUAUGUGCACCUGUAGAACUAUUUUUAUCAAAUUUGUAGAGUAAUGUCAUUUCCAUACAUGUCAAUAAUCAGGCCUUGUAAUUGAGAGAAGUGUUUUAAUUGGGGCGGCUUGAUUUUUUUCAUUCAGGACUACAAUCAUCUACUCUGAUUCUUGGUUCCUCUUUACAGAUGCUCGUACAGACUAUCCAGAGGUAUAAUUUGCAUAUAAUUGCUACUGAGCAAAUUUUUUGUCCUAAUUACAAUUCUGUGUCCUCGGUGCAAAAGUGUUCCUCACAUCUUCAUCAGGGGCAUUUUAACUAUUGUGUCUCUGAAAAAGCAUGAAUGUUUAAGAAUUUGACCAUUGCAAUUUAAUGUCCAUAUAUUUUUCUCCUUUCUGCCA